GCUUUUAGUCCCCGGUGUAUCAGAUUGGCUUGGAGAGAGAGAGAGAGAGAGAGAGAGAGAGAGAGAGAGGCGACGGAGGUGGUGGUGGGGGGACAAUAAAGGAAGACCGGCGAUUAUCAGCUCGGAGCGACGAGCCUUCCACUGACCGGCGACGAAUCCGACGGCCGACACAUCUGUGACUUUGAGGUCCCGUUUUGAUCGUCGUUAACCGGAGCUUGUGGUAGUCUUAGGUGGGAAAAAAAGGGCGACGACGAGAAGAGAAGGAAGGCGGAAAGAGGAAGGAAAGAAUCUUCGCCGCGCGCGGUUCUGUUAUAUCGAGGAUUUGAUUCGAAGUGGGCGUUUUAUUGGCGGGGGAGGCGUAGUCCCUUGAAGAGUAAUUGAUUCGGCGAACAAUCUAGAGCGGAGGACCGGGGCGGCGAUUUUGGUGGAUUUUGUGAAAGGGGGAAAAAAAAAACGGAGACGAUUACAGGUAUAGAAAACCCUAGUUUUUGAUUUUCUCUGCGCUUUGUUUCUGGUCUUGUUUUGAAGAUUUGCCUGCAUCCAUCUCUCCUCCGAUUUUGUCUACCGUUUUGGAAGCUGGAGACGGUGAAUCGUCUUCGAGGGUUGGUGAAAUCGGAUGUCGACGCGCCUAAGAUCCUUCGUGUGAACUGCCCAGAUGGCCAGAUCUACUGUCGGUGACAUGUCUGCGCUAUUUCAAACGAGAUUUGUGGAUUUUUGACGGAUGGGCGCAAAGCCGUUUCUCGUCGGAGCGGUCGAUCUAUUGUUUGGAAAAAUCUUCUCCUAGUGAUUAUUUGGGUUUACCCGUGUGAUGCUAUCCGAGCCUUGAUCGCUUGUUCUUCAUGAUCCUCUGAAUCCUUGGAAGCUUUGGUUGGUUUCUUUGGAUCUUUGUUCCGUCGGAGACUUUUUACUGUUUGGAAUCGGAGACUUCUAGGGUUGGUUCACGCCAGGCUCGUAUUUGAAACCCGCCGCCUAGCCUUGGUGGUCGUGUUGUUGCGACUUAUUUUCCCAGGCGGCUUGAUUCCACAUCGCUACAGGAAUACACGAGUUUUGGAACUUCUGAUUUCGUUUCCUGGCUUUCAUCUCUGAAGAGCUCCUGGGGAUUUUUCUUCUUCUUCUUCUUCUUCUUCUGAAUAGUAUUUAGAUGCACCCGAUUUGUGACCCUUCUCUUCAAAGAAUCCUGUUAGGACAAACAUAGCUGGGCCUUAAUUGCUGGUGUGUGGUACGGUAGCUUGCAUGGAAGAUUGUUGAUUGAUGGCUCCACCGGUGGCUGGGGAUUCCAGUUGGAAAGUGUGGACGGAUGGUGCAGGCAAAUUGCUUCCUGUGGAGCAUCUCUAAGGCCUUUUCUUGCAAUGUCUGGUCACGCUUCUUACAUUCAGAUCUAAGAUCUAUGUUUGUUGAAGCUGUUUGGUAUUGGAUCUUCUUGGUAUUGACCCUCGUUGUUUUUUCACUGAAAUAAGUUUUGUUGCGGAAGGAUCAGCCAAGGCAGCUUGGUUUUGGGUUUUAACUACGUUGGUUUUUUUGUUUAUGUGAUUCAAAUGGAGCUUUGCUUUCUUGUAUUGCUUCUAUCCCCACGUCUGUUUGUGCCAUCUGUAUCUCUGCAUCUUUUACCCCAUGUUUGUUCUGUAACUGAGGUGUUCGUUUCCUUUGCAGAGAGCAGGGUGGUGGCUGUACCAGUUGAUCUGCUUGAUCUCCCUAGCAAUUCAUCCCCUCUGAAGAGUCCAAACUUUGACAAGAUAGGGGGAAUUAAAUUGAAGACUCGGUUCUCCACUUGCACCGGGGCUAAGCCGUCUCCUCUGGUGUCAAGUUCUAAGCAAGGAGCACCUGCAUCUUGCAAGGAUUCCACCGGGAUAGCAUCUGUUGAUGGAACAGGGAUUAUAAGAUCUCCAAGCGCGAUGAGUACAAUUGGCCUGGAACUCAUGAACUAUAUAAACCCUGAUUUAACUUGGAAGACAGUAGCUAAAGGAUAUAGGAGCUCCUCAAGACGGACUAGGAAAAAUGUUCUCAGAAACUUUGCUGUUGGGGAGGAACUAGUACAUCAGGGAUUAAGAAAAGUUGAUGAAGGAACAGCUUCAGAUACUGAGAAGCACGGAGUGGCUAUUCUUGGGCGACGCUUUAGUGACAAAAUAGAGGAUAUUCCAUUGAAGAAGAGGAGGUUUAUGCAUCGAUCUAGCACACCGCCUCCUCGAUCUCCUUUUGAAUUACCUGCUAAUGGAAAGAGGCGAGUCAGAGCAACUGCUGAUGGUAACAGGGGUGGUCCUGAAAGGAAGAGUACUAAAGUGAAGGAGACUGCCUUUGAUUUGGGUGAGGACUUCUCAGGCAUGGAGAUACUUGCAGCUGUGGCUUGUAGUAACAGCAUGAUUGGAGAUGUUGAUCUUGAUACAGAUAGAUCACUCUUGGAAAGAUCAACACAAGAUGGAACUGCCUUGUGCGCUUCGGAAGCACCAGCUGUUAAAAAUGUUUCAUCUUCUACAGAUACAGCAUGUGAUGAAACAGAGAUGGAAUCAUCUCUUUUGGGUAAUUCAGAAGGUGUUUUGCAGAGACCUCACAUCACCAAAGAAAUUGAAGUUGUGGAGGGAUCUGGAUCAGCACGUGAUGAUAGACUGCAUUGGGACUUGAACGUUCCUGAAGAUGCCUGGGAAAAACCUUGUGAUGCCUCUACUAUCGAGAGUCUUGCGAAAAAUUCGGAGUUCACGGUUGAAUCCAAGGAUAAUAUACACUCUAUAGCGAAACAUGUUACAGAAGAUGCCAAGGAAGAGCUGCCUCUUCGCCAUCUUGAAGCUAGUAGUGGACAGAAUGGUUUCAAAAGCUGUGUUGAGCUUGAUGAAAAUAGCAAAGGGCAGAUUUCCAUUUCAGCUGUUAAUGAGCACUUAGUUUAUGAAGUUGCAGAUGUGAAAGGGUCCUCUAAGAUCUCUGAGGUGAUCAGUUCUCUUGGGUAUUUGGAUACUGUUAAGGGUUCUGGGAAGGAUGGCGAUGCUUCCACCUCUCCAGGUUCUCUUGAUCUAGAGAAGCCUGCUCAUGAAAGUGAUGCAGGUUUCAUUGAAGAUGGGCAAGAUACUGGGGCUGGGAUUUCCGCUAGCAAUGAGGCGGCUGGUUAUGAUGACAGUUAUGGCUCUGAUGUCUAUCAAACAGAAAAGGUUGAGAUGGGUGGUACUGGAAGCAACAAUGAGCUUCAGGCUGGUUAUGAUUCUCAGUUUGAGGAUGGGGAAUUGAGAGAAUCUGACGCCCGUUACUACUGGGAUGAGAACAAUGAAGGUGAGGAUGGAGAGGUUGAGCAUGUGGACUAUGGUUCUGAAUGUGGCGACGAGGAGAUGCUUGGAUCGAUGCAUGAGAAAGAGGUGGAAUUCGUGAGAGGAGGAUCCACCCCAGGUUCUUAUGAUAGAAAAGUCGAUUGUAGUAGGAAAGCAGAUAUUACUCAUGAUGAUUCUGUGAGCCCGAAAAGCAGAGUCUUGGAUGUGCCUCUUGAGAAAAGUUUAGCCACUGGACUUGCUGCAACAAGAACACUCCAGGGUCAUUUUGCAUCAUGUGCUGAGGGGCCAGAUGCUAGGAAAAAUCCUUACUCCAGGAGCAGGUCGGAGAACUGUCGCAACGUAUUCCCAAGAGACGAGAGGGAUAAUAUGGGUGGACCAAGAAGAUACAUGGGGAGGGAAAGAGUUGGCAUGCACAUGCGUGGCAGAAGUCCUGGCCGUUGUGCUGGAAAUCCGUCAACCAGUUCCUGGAAUUUCGAACGGCGCUACUCACCAACUCGUCCUUCGUAUUUGCCUGGUCGUCCUAGAAACAACAUGGAAGGCCGCAGAUAUAUGAUGUCAUCGGACAGGAACAUGGAUUCCGACGGAGGGGGUUACUUUGACAAUCGUCUCAACAGGCAGUUCGUGAACUCUCCCCCAAAUGGUGUCUAUGAACAACGCAUCAUGAGAAGGAGAUCACCGAGCAACAGACAUGACUCUUCUUAUAUGAACACGAGGAUGCUGCCUAUGAGAGAUAUGAGUCCUGCAAGGGACAGGUUUCGGAGGUUCACUCCAGGUGGAGGUAGGGGAGGAGGCAUCAGGGAUGAGUUCAGGAGGCCCUUGCCCGAGGAUUCUGCAGAGUAUCCUAACCGCGUCGGACAACAUCGUCCGAUGAAGAGGGAUAGAGGCAUUUCUCCACUCCCCCGACAGCUCUCUCGACGGCCACACAUGGCAAUGCCGUACAGGAGACCUUCGCGGUCGAGAUCCAGGUCACGAUCCCCUCCAAUCUACAUGCAGCGAAGGGAGCAACAACGCAACGAUGGUGGUGGUUCAGUGCUGCGCAGUAGGUCCCCCGAUGGAAUGAGAGCGAGGCUGCCGUUCCAGAAGCGUUUUCCGGCCAAGUACGAAGACCGGUUCACCUCCCCGACGCGACACCACUUCUCUAACCGCUGCGACGUGAGGUCGUUCGAUGACCGGGGCGUGGACGGGUUCAGGGGAGGUGGAAGGAAAUUGCCACCGGCGAGGAUGUACAGGCCGCAGCAGCAGCAAGGGAACAACCGGUUCGAUCCCCAGCGCUCCUUCGAUUUCAGACCUGCUAGGAAGUUCCGUGACGGGGUAGAUUCGAACAGGGUGAACGGCGGCGGUGCUGCCGAGUACGAGGGGAGUGACGACGAAAGGAGCAAGAGGAAUCACAGAUUCGAGAUGUCUCGGCCAAGGCGGUAUGAUGCAGAGGAAGGCGCUCGCCCAAUGAGGCCGUUCAGAUGGAAUGCCACCGGUGACGAUUCGCUCGAGGCUGCCAACGGUUCUUCUUCCAACUUCGACAAUGGAGGCGGCAACAACGUCGACAGCCGGGGGAAUGAUGAUAAUAAUGAUGUAAUUAGGAGAGCGGCGGCGGCAGCGGUGGAAGAGUAGUAGCGGUGUCAGAGCAUAAAACUUAAGGAAUCUGCAACUUUUUUAUAAAAUGGAGGAAUGGCGGGAGGAGAGGGAGCUGGUGGAGUUUGGCUGAAAGUGGCGGGAGCAACUUGUUUCUGCUUUAUCAUCGUCCCAUUGGGUUCGGUAACAUUCCUUUUUAGUUUAGAUCAUAGGAGUUUUUCCCCCUUUUUAUUUUCCUUGAAAAUGUCGUUUUUUUUCUUUCUAUUUCUAUUUUCUUUUUUGUUAGUCUUAUUUUCAAAGGGGCCAGUUUUGGGCAGGAAGCAUCUCAAUUCCUUUGUUUUUUUUUUCUCUCCAGGAUGGUGGGUGCUUCUAGAUUGGCAGUCCACCAUUUUCUUUAUUUCUUCCCUUUUCGUUAAUUAUUAAUUUCCCCCCUCUCUCCUCUCGUUAAUUUUAUCCCUAUCGUCUCAAUCUUCUUCUUGUCGGCCGCUUCAAUUCCUUUUUCUCUAUCGUUGAAUUCAUCUGCGUGUCUGUGGUAUCGUAUUGGUGGUCCGAUCGGAGAACUUAAUACCGGAGUUGAAUCUUAGGUGAUUUGUAGAGUGUGAAAUAGAUGGAUCAUAGAUAAAUCGCGAUUUCGGC